AUGUUGCUGAUAUUCGGCUGCUACUUUCACCGCCACCGCGGCAGCUACCACUACCUCCAGUGCGACCUGCAGCCGGCAGAGCGUAAGCAGAGCGAGUUUGCCCCAGAGCUGGAACCUGACCCAGAGUUCAGCCGCUCCAGCACUGAAGAGAGCAAGUCGCUGGCAGUGCCACUCUACAAGAAGGAUGCCAAGGACGGCAUGCAGAAGCUGCACCCGCAGACCAUCUUUCGUUUCAUCGAGGACCAGCCUGCUGUAGCCGCAUCAGCUCUCGUUGCCAUGACAAGUGCCGUGAUUGCUCUGCGAAAGUCCUUGUGA